AUGACUGUCGCUAAAUCCAGCGAUGACGAUGAUCCAACGGAUCCUCCGCCUCCCGAAACCUCUCAGCCAGCUUCAGAGACUAGCAAGUCUAUUCCCGAUACCGACCCGGGGAAAGCACCGACUUCUAAGGCAUCAUCAUCCUCAUCACCAGUCAAAGAUGGCGCAGCUCCUAAACCUAAGCCGGCCGCUGGCCGUCCACGAUCCGCUACAACAAAACCACACCCUACUCUUCUUGGUGAUUUCUUACUGGGCCGACCAUCUCCAGCUCGAAUUGCAGCAGAUAGACAAGCAGCAAAGGAGGCGGCACAGGCGAGGCGGAAGAGUCUGGAGUUGGUAAAGCAGGAAAUGCGGCAAGCGGCUAUAAUGCGAAUCCAGGUCCCGGGCGGUGUGCAUGAACGUGUUAAGAAAUGGCAAAAGGCUAAUGCCGAAGCGAUGGCCAAUGCCGAUCCCUUGGCCCCCCCGUCAGAACCAAGCGAGGUGAAUAUUCAAGUAGAUGAACAAAGCGUGACUGAGGAAGACCGAAAGAGGAUCAAGUCGGGACAGAAGAAACCAACCACGAAAGUCGUGAUUACUCAUAGGACAGAUGGCAAUGAGCCCAAGAAAAGCAACAUAGAGGAUUUGAAGCUUUCAAAUGCGCCCAAAAAGCGGGUUGUUAGUGACACCAACUGGGUCAAAGAUAAGAAAAAGAAUCAAUCAAGGAGCCAGUCACCAAAGAGGAAAUCGAACGGAGGCAUUGGAUUACCACUACCAAAGGACUUUCUGGCACGCCCGGCUUCUAAUCCCUCUGUGUCCAAGAAAGUUAGGGACUGGGCCAGCAAGGUUGAGAUUCCCGACGAGCCGCCUGUCAGACGCCACAGCCCACCAAGAUCAGUGAGAUCAACUGGUAGUGGGGAUGGAAUUCGAGUCAAGCCCAUUCGCUCUGAGGACGAUAAUGCGAGCGGAAGAUCAGAACCUACUCGUGCCACUGCUAAGGCGAGCAGCUCGAGAAGUUUAGAAGACCGAGAAGGAGACGGCAUUCGCGUCAAGCCCAUCCCAAGCGAAAAUGACACAACUAGCCGGAUUUCGGGGUCUUAUCUAUUAGGGUCCUACUUAACAGGAUCUUAUUUGUCAGGAUCUUCUCUCACGGGGUCUCGCGUAACUGGCUCUCAUCUUACUGUCGAAACCUCCAAGUCUGGAAAGUCUAGCGAUUCUCAAGACGAUGGUAUCCGUGUGAAGUCUGUUAUGAGUGAAAGCGACGCUACAACUGGUCUAUCUAGUUCUAUUUCAACGGAAACACCCACACCACGAAAACCACAGGCACGAGGAGGCCAUAACGUUCGGAGCAGGUCGACAAAAAAGCAAGCAUAUCAAGAUAUCCGCGCAAGAGCCAAGGCGCGGCCACCCCCCUCUGAGCCUCAAGAAUCGGAUAAUGCUCCCACAGUCCGAGCUUCUUCGAGACAUUCUUCGAGGGGAUCAAGUACCCGUGGAGAAAGUCCUCACAGAGACCCAUCACCACCAGAACACGAAGAAGUGGUAGAGAAACCUGUAUCUGAUAAACGUCGGAUGUCUCCGCGGAGAAACUCGAAGACGCAAUCCAAGAGACAGCAAAAGCAUGCCUCUAACCCCGCCAAAAAGAACCAUGCAGAUGCAGAAACUGUAGCAACCGAAGAAGUAUCUGAUAGUGAAUCUUGGUCGAGCGACUCGGUGUCAGAUAUGCCAUUCAGUACGCUGGCACAAUCACUAGCAGAAAUACCCGUUGGAUACUCAGCAUUUAGUGAACUUGACCUAGCCACAGGCUCAAGACGACGAAGUGCAAGACCAAAAACUAAAAGGCAAGCUAGUUUCAAGGGCGCUACUAACGUCCUGAAGAAGGCUAUAACAGAGGGCAAGAAGAUCCUUGCUGAGAAGGUUGAUCCUCCUAAACCUGUUGUUAAUCGGCCCCCAAAUAUUGAGACUUGGCUCAAGGAUACUGUCGAUCCUUUUGUUGAAUCUUCUAUGUCCAGACCGGAACAAAAAUCAAAAGCAGAUGAGGAUUUAUCAAAUGAAAACACUAUGCAACACCGUCUUCAUUCAAAGCAGAAAAAUGCAGAAGUUGCAAGUGUAUCCGACGUUAGCAUUAGCGAUGAAGCAACAGAGCCAAAAGAGAUUGAAAAGUCGGACCACAAUGAGCCCAGCAAACGCGAAGUCACAACUCCCACCUCAGCUGGACUAAAGAGAAGCCGAGCCACCAGACUUUCUUCGGCCCCCUCUAAAAGUAGUAUGAAGAAAGGGUUCAAAGAGAAGCUCAUAGAUGCAUUUCGAGGUGAAUCCACAGGUCAUAGCCCCCCACCUUUGGAAUAUCCAAGCUGUUCUGAAGUGGUAGAUCUCGAUAGAGAAUAUGAAGACGAGUACUCUGAAAGGCGGCGCUCUUCUGGGACGACAAAAAGAAGCCCAUCUCCAGAAGACCAUGAAUCAUCGGUGUCUUCUGAACCAACCCACCCGGAGCCAUUGGCUUAUAACAACCGUAAACCGCCAACUAACGGCUUCCAUGAAUUAUCGACUAUUAUAUCAGAGAUGGAGUCACAUUAUGGAAUUCAGUCCGAUCUUUCGUCCGAAAUGUCGCAAAGAACUACAACUGAAAAUGCCGGCCUGACAAGGAGCGCCGCAGUCUCCCGUAGGCGAAGCCAUAGGUCCGGGCUUAAGAGGCGGCUUACAAAACACUCAGAUUUAGUUUCAGCUUUAUCUCUGCCAGCUGAUGAUUCUGUCCCAAACAGACGAAUCAGUCGCCGGUCCGCACGGAGCAUAAGACGACCUUCAAGUCACCUAAGCGACGCUACAUUAGACGAACUUCUACUAGAAUUUGAAGAUGACGAAGAUCUUUACCAACGAGAGCUAAAAACUCUUGUAGACGGGGUAAUUCCAGUCCUUCUAACACAAUUUGUAAACAAUACCAGUAGGGCACGCAAAGAUUUGUUUGGAACUCCCCCUACAAAAUAUAAGGAGGAUACCUUAGAUAAAGCAGUUGUUAGCAUGGGCAUCGCCCUGGACAACCUCAAAAACCUCCACUACCAAUGCCCCCCACUUUCUGACAUUAACAGGCUGCCACAAUGGCUUGAGGCAAUCUAUCCCAUUUACAACAAUUAUCUCGAUGUGUGGCGCCUUGGCUUUCAAGGUAUCAUCGUCAACCUGGCGCCUCGGUCGCCCGACGAUGCCGACUCGCUAAUCAAUGCGAUGCCUCGCAACGAGCAGGGAGAUAUUCUCAAUGAGGACGGAGAACGCAUAGAUGUAGCCCACUUGCUGAAGCGCCCCCUAGUUCGAGUCAAGUGGAUUACUAAAUUCAUCAAGGGGUAUCGGGCGAUUUCGGGCCUAAAGGAAUUUGGAUCCCUCGUCGCGAAGUGGGAAGCACUACAAAAUAAGGCAAGACGGCGGCAUAAGGAAGAAAAUGCCAGAGUUAUCGAUGAGGAUGCCAGAAACAGCGACACAUCCCGGACCCGAGACUUAAGAACAUUAGAAGCUCUUGAUAACGUUAAAAUUGACCGUUUUCGCCAGGUGUACGCCAAAGAUACUUUCACCUUAGACUUGAGACAUUCGAACGGGCAACGACUCGGAUGCCAAGUCGAGCUCAUAAUUCGAGACAAUCAAACAUUCAAGUCGGAUCCUGGUGAUCUCCUAAUCAGAGAAACUGGCAGCGCGGGACGUUCAUGGCUUCUAUUUGCCCCAAUUAUUGGUGGCCGUUUCUCCGCCCGAAGGGGAGAUGACAAGCGCGAAUUAGUAGUCAUGAUCAGGGGUUCCAGGGAGGACUGGUUUGAACUGCUCUUGUUAACUGCUGACAGCCAAGAGCAGGUACUCGAAUGGCUGGACAUGUUGGGAUCUACUCCAAUCCCCCCGCCAAUCGAAGGGCCAGCGCCUUCAAUAGCACAAUCACUAUAUCCCUCCCCAAAUUUGACCGCCGGCGAGACUCCUAUGGGCGAGAGGAAGUUACGUCAGACCUCUAGAGCCUCUUCGACAUCAACCAGAUCCAAGCAUAAUUCCGAAGGCGAACCAACAACCCCCGAACGUAUGGGCAAGGCGACUAGUAGCCCCUAUGACACACCAAAUUCUACUCCCAAAUCCGACGACUCAACUUCUUCGCCUGAGAAGACUCCUACCCAAGAUUCGUUUUCAAGAUCCAAAUACGAAGACGAAAUAUAUUCAAGCGAAUUUGACAGCCCUAAUACCCUAACGUCGAAAAAGUCGUCAUCGAAUAGUAGUCCCCACCGCGAAGACGGUGCACCACCUCCCCCAGUCCAUCGGACGUUCAGCUCCAAAAAGGCACCGGUGCUUUCACCUCCUGUAGACCAAAACACCUCCCGUCUCAAGCGCCGUACUUCUUCACCGCUCAAGCACGAGUAUCACCCCUCAGACAUUUCUUCUGAAGGUUCCUCAUCCCCAGCAUCUGUAUCAGAAGAUGGUACAAUCUCGGAGGAAUCAUCCGAUGAUGAGCUUGAAGCUGUCGAUAUGCCAGAUACCGCACCUGCUAUCAGUAUCAAGAAACAUGACAACAUCCCCUCAGAGUCUAUCGUCUCGGAAAGCUCGGUUAGACCAGCUUCUCCCACCUUGCUCUCACAAAAUGGGUUGCCGAAGUCAGAAAUUCGACAACCUGAAUACGUCAUCAAAUCCGUCGCUUCUAUUUCUUACUGGGAUAAUAAGCACGGACGCUGGCAAGACCUCUGGCCGGACCUCUGCUCUAUUGUUACGACUCCCGGCCUUAUUGAGGCGUAUCCUUAUCAGCGAGCACACCCGUCAUCUCACAACUCGCCCCAAGAGCGACCCCUUAUUGCUCUGGACCUUACACCUCUGGUCAUGCUACGAAAUAGCACCGUUGUCGACUUGGAAAUACGCUCUCCAGUUCUCAGCUACUCUAGGCUGUACGCAAAGAUACUCAAGGUCGAUAGUUCAUUCUUCCGCUUCCGAGUUCAGUCUGUUUCAGAGUGCGAGUCCCUCUAUAUGGCAGUUCACCGCGCCCGUAUGGAUAACGCCAAAUAUAAAGCGCUCGAGGAAGAAACCCGGGUCAGAGCUUUCGGCCAAUACCCGAACCCAGAAGUAGAAGCCGACGGAAGCAGCCAUCGUCGAAGCUGGUUUGGACGGAAGAAUAGCUAUCGCGCGUCGACUCGAGCUCCGUCACAGUCGGCAGGUAGCAUAUCGCAGUCUUCAGGCAUAUCUGCCUCCUCAUUUUUAAGAAAGCUGAUGGGCGGUGGUAAUCAGUCAUUUAAUAUUGCAAUGUCGUCUGUCGACAGGCCGCACCGUUUUAGUGGUGGAGACGCAUCAUUAUAUACCUCAUCCUCGUCAGGCACGCCACCCCGUUCUCCUUCAGUCAGCAUUGCGAACAGCGGCCACACAAAGGUAGAUCUCACAACCAAUAACCUCAAGAUCCGCCUCCAUCUAUUAGUGUCGGCCAGCAAGUGGGAAGACCAUGGCAACUGUCUCCUUGAAGUAACGAGGCCUGACCGAGGCACGAGACAGAACCUACGGAAGUAUCAAGGAAUGGAAAAGAGAAUUGUAGUCACGACGAUCCCCAAGAAGGAUGCCGAUAAACCGGUGGUGGUUUUGGAUGUCGUAUUAGGUAGCCAGUGUUUCAGUCAACUAGGAAGCAGGGGUGUCCUCAUCAAUGUUUGGGAGGAAGUAAAGAACGAGAGUGGACAAGCCGGGGUUGCGCCCCAGGGAGGAAACAGUGGAGGAAACGUACGCAAAUGGUGUUUCCAGUGCUCAUCGGUUGCGCAGGCGAGGUGGAUCUUUGGACUCGUAACGCAAGAGGUGGUAAUAAGCUAA